AUGCUCGCGAUUCCCUAUCGUCGCAUCGUGCCAUCGUCUCAUCGAACCUUCUUCCCCGCUUCUCUAAGUUAUAUGCAGCGCGUCACGUCGAUGGCGGUCAAUGAUACGGAAAUAUUACAGGCACACGCCCGUGAUGGAGCGUGGCACAAGGCACGGCAGAUCUCUGCACUGUCCGAAGUCCUCGUAGUUGCGUACCGUGAACUCGACACACUCCGCAAACGCGUCUGUCCCUGUCGAUACCGCCGUCCCGUAUUGUCACUGUCACCCGGGAAUCGCGCCCCCGUGCCUGAAACCGAGCCAGCCAGUAGUCAGCCAGUCGUCAGCCAGUCAGCCGCAGCCAAUCCCCUGAGCCAUCCAUUCUUCCUCUGCUUCCUCCUCUGCUUCCUCACCGAUUCCUCCUCCCUUCUCCUCCCCUCGUCCUCCUCCUCCUCUCACAACCAAUUGCAGCUGGUCGAUCUUGGCUGGGCUAAAAACAGCACUACGCACUAG